AGAUGGAAAUUUUCUUGUGGAAAGACGUGCAAAUCGAUAAGUUUAUAAAGGAGGAUAUUCUUAAAGCAGAGUUGCGUUGAGCUUUCAAGAUAGAGGAUGUUUUUCGUGGCACUGGCAGGGUUGGUCGUCUUGGCUUCGGCCACCAAGGACCUAGAUGUGAAUCUAGGAAACCUUCCUCUACAGAACCCUGAUUUGUUCGGAGGUGACAUGCUAGGUGUAGAUGUCUCUGACAGGAAUGUCAUCCCUCAUCCGCACUUGAGGUGGACCGGAAAGAAAGUUCCUUACGUCGUCGAUCCGUCGAUCGCUGGGUACAAUGGCCUUAUCCUCUCCGCCAUGAACGAUUACCACACAAAGACCUGCGUCCGAUUCGUCCCAAGGACAUUCGAAACUAACUACAUCAGGAUCUUCCCUGGACAAGGAUGUUACUCUAAUGUCGGUAUGAUAGGCGGUCAGCAACCAGUGUCAUUAGGUCAAGGAUGCAUGUUUAGAGGAACCAUCGUGCACGAGUUGGGCCACGCUAUCGGUUUCUUCCACGAACAGAACAGAUCAGACAGAGACCAGUACCUGAUUAUCUACUGGGAAAACAUUCAACAAGGUAUGGACACUCAGUUCUUCCUGCUGAAGCCUCAUGAAAACUUGCUUCUGGACAGAUUCGACUACAACUCCAUCAUGUUGUACGGCAACACCGCCUUUUCCCGGGAUGGCCGAUCCUUUACCAUGAAGGCCAGGACCGGGGUCCCCCUGCUCGAGACCUACGACAAGCAAGGACUCAGCUCCAGUGACGUCAUCAGAGUCAGGAAGAUGUACAACUGCUAAAGCAGAAAGAUUUAUGUUUUCUUUUACCUGACGAAUUCCAGUAUCAAACAUUCAUUUGCUCUGGCACCCUGUUGAAUUUUUUUCUUUUUUGCAAUAAAGUUGCAUUUUAGGCAAA